UUAUAUCACGAGCCGCAGAAGGUGUACUUACAACUCCGUAAUCGUAAUCUCUCUCUCUCUCUCUCUCUCUCUCUCUCUUAUUAAUGCGGCAGGCGUUUGUGAUAGUGUCGGUGUGUAUAUGCGUGCGACGAGCUGCGCUAUAGCGGAGUGACAUCAUCGUCGCUGCAGAACUUGCCUGCUUAGCUGCUGCUACUACGCGGAAUACACGUAGAUACUUACUUGCUCCGUGUUGUACGACGCGGGCGUAUGUUAUACACGACGCGCGUCAAAAGAGGCCUCCUGUGCAUGGAUGUGUAGUAGCUUCUGCUGUGUCUGACACGAGUCUCGUUAAAUUAAAAUAUUGUCAUUAGAGUUGCAACGAAACAUUUGGUGCAGUGUUGGCUUCAGCAAAAUAAGGCAGAAAAGAGUUUUGUUUCAUCGAUCAGAGCGGAUUCGCGAGAACCACUGGACAUCUCUCUCUUCUCUCUCUCACUCUCUUAACCACUGAUCUGCGGCCGAGACGCAUUUCUUUUUUUAGUGAUAAAACAUCGAGUGGAUUCACGGAAAAAUAGUACUUAUAAGAAGAAAAUAUGGCUUCGAACGUCGACGUUUACGAUGAACUUUAUUUAUACGCAACACCCGAUAAGUUUUACAUCGAGCCAGUGAGAACAAAAGUUUUGCUGGUCAUUGAUAGGGUAUCGCACUCUAUUCAUUCCCAAGUUGCCAAUCCAAGCCAAAUUCCACAAACGGCGAGCCGACGCAAGAUCUGGGGAAUCGUCGGGAUCGUUCGCUUGCUCGCCUGUCCGUACUUGAUAGUCAUAGACAAUGCCCAGAAAGUCGGAACGAUCGCCAAUCAGGACGUCUACAAGAUCGUGUCCACCAAUGUCAUACCGUUCUCCAGAUCCAUGUAUCAUCUGGACGAGAAGCAGCAGCGUCACAACUCGUCGUACUUGGACAUGAUCAAGCUGGUGCUGAGUACGCCACAUUUUUACUUUAGUUACACGUACGACUUGAGUCAUACCAUGCAGAGGCUUCAUAAUACAACACCAGAUUUCCUCCAGAGUCCACUGCAUGAAAGAGCGGACUCGAGAUUUAUCUGGAACUCACAUUUACUUCAUGAAUUGUCAAGCAGAUCUGAAUUCCAAAAGUUCUGCCUUCCUAUUAUUCAUGGCUUCAUAUCUUUAAAUACUAUUGUUAUCAAUGGCAUUUCCUUCAAUUGGGGAAUCGUAUCAAGACGAUCAAUUCAAAGAGCAGGAACAAGAUUGUUCUGCAGGGGAAUUGAUGCCAAUGGCAACGUGGCAAAUUUUGUCGAAACAGAACAGAUUAUUGAAGCCAAUGGCAGUAAAAGCUCAUUUGUUCAAACUCGUGGUUCCAUUCCCCUUUACUGGCAGCAAGCUCCUAAUUUAAAAUUAAAGCCCAAACCUGCUUUGAUACCCAAUGAAAAUCAUUUAGUGUCAGCUGCAAGGCAUUUUGAAAGUCAAAUAUUUCUCUAUGGCAAGCAAAUUCUAGUCAAUCUGAUUGAUCAAAAAGGAGCAGAAGCCAAUUUAGAGAGAGCAUAUAAAGAAACAGUGCAAGAAUUGAGAAAUCAAAACAUAAGAUACGAAGCUUUUGAUUUCCAUGCAGAAUGUCGUAAAAUGCAAUGGCAUCGGCUAGACAUUUUAAUGGCUCGUCUUGCCCAAGAUCAAGAAUUAAUGGGUUACUUCCUUUUAACCAGAGAUGGUGUUCUGGUUUCAGUUCAGGAUGGUGUAUUUCGAACAAACUGUAUCGAUUGUUUAGAUAGAACAAAUGUUGUACAAAGUAUGCUGGCAAAGAGAGUUCUUUCAGAUGCUUUAUCCAAGUUGGAAAUUGCAAGAAAUGUGGAUGAGCAUCCUUCUUUUGAAUACUUAUUUAAGCAGAUUUGGGCUGAUAAUGCUGAUAUAAUAAGUACUCAAUACUCAGGAACUAGUGCUUUAAAAACCGAUUUCACAAGAACUGGUAAAAGAACUAAAUAUGGUGUAUUGAAAGACGGUGUCAAUUCUCUCACAAGAUACUACAAAAAUAACUUUGCUGAUGGUUUUCGUCAGGAUGCAAUCAAUCUAUUUUUGGGUAGAUAUACAGUAAGAGAUGGAGAGUGCGCAGCUGUAACAUGUCCUUUGGAAACAGAGAGAAACUGGCGAUAUGCUACAUUCCCCUUAGUACUUUUAGUAGCUACAUCAAUGUUGAUUGCUCAUAUGAUAUUGCCGUCAAGGUACACUACAGAGAUUCUUCUCUACAUGCUAUUUUGGGGUGCAAUGGUUGGUGGUACAUUUGCAACCAUCAUUCAUCAUGGCAAGCAGUACGUCGACAAACCAAAACUUUUGUAAUAUUUGUGAUAUCAUUGAUAUUGCGUCCAGAUGAUGUUAUAUAUAAAUAUAUUUUAUUUAAUAAUUAAAAAAUUCUAUGAAAUAUUGUAAUAUAAAAAUGUGUAAUCGAUCAUUGUCGUAAUUAAAAGUGUAUGACAUAUUUCAACAAACAGUAUGAUGCAUUUCCCAUGAUACACAAAGAAUCGUGAGCAUAAAUUCAAUAAUUUUUCAAAAUUUAUUUAUGUCUACUUAUAUCAAUACAUGAAUUAGUAAGAGAUAUUGCCUUUGGGCAUUAAAAAAUUAGUUAAA